AUGUCGACAAUAAUGUUCAAAAAGACAUUAUUACGUUCACAGUUAAGAAAAGUGUUAAAAUCAAUCCCAAAACAAGACAUAUCAGAACAAUCACAGAAGAUAUCUAAACAGUUGCAAUCGAUAAUCACCAAAUAUCAUAAAACAGCUUCUGACUCUUCUUUAGUGAGGAAAAUUGGUUGUUUUCUUAGCAUGGACCAAGGUGAAGUAGAUACCAAAUAUAUGCUAGAAUGGUUGUUUCACCCAGGGACUCAGAGUAAUCUGACUAACAUUGAAGUCUAUCUUCCUAGAUGUACAUCUACAACAGAGACAGGUCAAGUGAAAUUGAGAAAACAUUCAGAAUCUAAUACACCAAUAGACCACCCUCAUUUAACAUUCCAUAAAGUGGACUCCCUCGAUACAAUCAACAAAUGGAAACCACAGGGUAAAUAUCAAUUAAGGGAACCUCCAAGAGAAAUUCCGGAUCCUCUACCACCACAGAUGGACAUAAUGAUAGUUCCAGGUGUGGCCUUUAAUAUUCGAAACGGGGCCAGGAUGGGGUGGGGAGCCGGUUAUUAUGAUGACUUCAUCAAAAGAUAUAUUUUAAGAUAUAAGACUAGACCAUUACUUAUUGGUGUAUGUUUAAAACAACAGAUUGUUCCUGAAGUUGAAUUAGAGCCUCAUGAUCAAUUCAUGGAUUGUAUAGUAGCAGGUGACGGUAGUGUGAAUUGGAUUAAUAAAGAUUUUACGUAG